UUCAUUCGUGACUUCGUUCACCACAAGCUUUCCACCGGCGACCACGCGUUUCCCGUUUCCGAACACCGUUUCCCAUCCGAUUCCCCUCGUCGUCGCCGGAUCUACGGCCGGAGGUGGUAUAUAGACGUUGGAUUCGCCGGGAUCGGGGAUCUCGAGGCCAGAUCUAGGGCAACGGAGAUGCCAUCGGGGACGAGGCUGCCGACGUGGAAGGAGAGGGAGAACAACAAGCGGAGGGAGCGGCGGCGGCGCGCGAUCGCCGCGAAGAUCUUCGCCGGGCUUCGGAUGUACGGCAACUACAAGCUUCCCAAGCACUGUGACAACAACGAGGUCCUGAAGGCCGUGUGCGCUGAGGCUGGAUGGAUCGUCGAGCCGGAUGGCACCACAUAUCGGAAGGGUUGCAAGCCACCUGAGAGAAUGGAUAUAGUAGGGGGUUCAGUUUCCCCAAGUCCAUGCUCAUCAUAUCAGCCGAGUCCAUGUGCCUCAUAUAACCCUAGCCCCACCUCUUCAACCUUCCCUAGCCCUAGAUCAUCACCUUACUUUACACAUGGCACAAAUGAUGUUGAUGGUAACUCCCUUAUUCCAUGGCUCAAGAACAUCUCCACAGCCCCAUCUGCAAAGCUUCAACACCUCUACAUACCAGGUGGCUCUAUUAGUGCACCAGUAACCCCUCCAUUGAGCUCCCCAACUGCACGUACACCCCGUAUCAAGACUGACUGGGAUGAUGGUGUCACACUGCCACCUUGGGCAGCUAGUUCCAGCUACACCUCACUGGCAUCAUCCACUCCACCAAGCCCGGGACGGCAAAUCCUUCCUGAUUCUGGAUGGCUUUCAGACCUCCGGAUCCCUACUGGAAGUCCUUCAUCCCCAACCUUCAGUCUUGUUGCAUCAAAUCCAUUUGGCUUCUAUAAAGAGGCUUAUGCCGGUGGUGGUUCAUCAAAAUUGUGGACCCCUGGGCAGAGUGGAACUUGCUCUCCUGCUGCCCCGGGAGCUCUUAAUCAAGCAGAUGUUCAGAUGUCUGAUGGUAUUUCUGAUGAGUUUGCAUUUGGAAGCAGCAGUACAGGUAACCAACCUGAGAAUGGUGUGGUCAAGCCAUGGGAAGGGGAGACAAUUCAUGAGGAAUGUGGAUCAGAUGAGUUGGAGCUUACUCUUGGUAGUUCAAGGACCAGAGCUGAUGCUUGAUGAUACUCUUUUGUCGAUUUGUUUCUCAUUACUUAAUUAUUUUUGUGAGUUGUAAUGUUGUUGAUAGAGAGUGAAAGGGGUUGGAAGACCAUCGCGGGGUUUCUUAGGUAUGCCGUCUCUUCAUCCUCUGUUGAUCUAAUUUUUGAAAGUUAAUUGAUAAGAUGGAUGAAGAGGGAAUACAGAGAAUUAGGGUGACGGAGAAGGAGGAUGAUAAAUAGCUGUAUGAGUUGUUGAUGUUCUUGUCGCGUUGUUAUAUUUAAAUUUGUUAGCAUUGUUUCUUCAGGCAAGAGUGCUUUGCUUACAUACAGACAAUCUUUAAUGCUCUAAUGUUUAUAAUGAUCAUUCAUAUUUGUGAGAA